CCAAAACAACAUAACAGUGAAAACAAGGCAGCCAUGAACCUCUUCAGAAAGGAUGCCAUGACCACUAAGAAGGAGAAAGAGAAAGAGAUCCAGUAUGAGGACCCUCCAGAUGGAGGUUGGGGCUGGAUGGUGGUGCUACAUUGCUUCCUGGUAAAUGUCCUCGUGAUGGGAACACUGAAGAGCUUUGGGAUCUUCUUUGUGGCGUUUCAAGAUGAGUUUGGAGGCUCAGCAGAGAGCAUCAGCUGGAUCGGAUCCAUCAUGUCAAGUCUGCGUCUCUCAGGAGCACCCCUUGCCUCUGUGGCCUGUGCUAAGGUAGGAACCAGGGUGACCUCCAUCGUUGGGGCAGUGCUGGUUAGCGGUGGUUUCCUCAUGAGUAUUUUUGCCGACAGCGUGACGUUCCUCUACAUCAGCAUGGGAGUGAUAGUUGGAAUGGGUUUUGCACUACUAUACCAAUCCUUCUCCGUGGUCACAGCACUGUACUUCCGAAAGAGGUUAGCAACAGCGUAUGCGAUCGGACGUUCUGGGAUGGGUUUGACCUUUGCACUUGCUCCAUUCACUCAGCUGCUCCUGGACCAGUAUGCUUGGCAAGGGGCAAUGCUGAUUCUCGGCGGUCUCAUGCUGAAUCUGGUGGCAUCUGGGCUGCUUCUGCGACCCAUCAAAGUGAAGCCAGCCUCUGUGUCAAACCUAACUUCUUCUCCCUCCCAAAAGAGCCCAGCUGUCUCCCUAAAGAGCUCCUCUGAGAAGGAAUACACUAAGAGCUGCCUGAAUGGCUCCUCUCACUUAUCCAACGGCAUCUCCAAAUCAGACUCAUUUCCAUCCCCUCCUCCUCCGCAUAGGGACACUGAAGACCUGGAGAGGCAGUGUACUCAGGGACUCCAGGACCAGUUAGUGAAGCCUGAACUAACCAGACUGGUCCUCAAUGGAGUGAAUGGCCAUGAGCCCCACAAUGACUUGGGUCAAUGUAAACCCACAACCCCAGACAAUUCCUUUGAGCUUAACAGCAGCAUGAAUGGCUCCACCAUUGUUGCCUCACAUGCCAGCACACCGAGUGAGGUGAUCGUCGAAACAACCAAAGUACUGGAUUUCUCCUUGCUGAAGGACCCGUUCUUUUGCAUCUACACUUGGUCUUUGGUCUUCAGCCAGCUGGCCUACUUCAUCCCCUAUUUCCACCUGUCAGCUCGAGCCAGAACCCUAGGCAUCGAUGCCAUGGACGCUUCUUUUAUCAUCUCUGUUGCAGGUAUCACAGAGACAAUUGCCCAGCUGGCGUCAGGCUGGGUGACAGACAGGAACCUUUUCCACAAGUACCACUACCACAAAGCCUACCUGAUCCUCUGUGGCCUGGUCAACCUGCUCUCACCGCUGGCAACCUCCUACAUCCUGCUGAUGGUUUACGCUAUCUUCUUUGCCAUCUUCUGUGGCGGCUACAUGGCCCUGCUGCUGCCCGUUCUAGUAGAUCUUGUGGGGUCGGACAAACUCAACAACUCCAUGGGCUUCUCCAUGUUUUUUGUUGGACUGGGUUGCCUCACAGGGCCUCCUUUGGCAGGGUUCCUGUAUGACUACACUCAGACUUAUGACUGUUCUUUCUACCUGGCUGGCCUCUGCUAUCUGCUCUCCUCUGUCUCCCUGUUCAUGGAGCCGCUGGCUCAGCGCUGGAAGGCCAGGAGGAAACAGGUCCAGACCAAGAGAGCAGAAAACAGCUGCAAGACCAACGGCUGCUUCACCCCCGACCGCCUGCAGAACGGCGUUGUGUAG